CUCUCUCCCGCAGAAGGCUGCAGUUUGAUGGCCGGCAGGUAGAAGGCCAAAGAGGGACAAUCACCAUGAACUCCAUUCCGUCUAUGGACAGACACAUACAGCAGACCAACGACCGUCUGCUAUGCAUCAAACAGCACUUACAAAAUCCGGCAAAUUUCCAAACGGCGGCGACGGAGCUGCUAGACUGGUGCGGAGACCCCCGCGCCUUCCAACGGCCCUUCGAGCAAAGCCUCAUGGGAUGCCUCACGGUGGUGAGCCGCGUUGCUGCCCAGCAAGGCUACGACUUGGACCUGGGCUAUCGACUUCUGGCCGUGUGCGCUGCCAACAGGGACAAGUUCACCCCCAAAUCAGCAGGUAAGCCCACCGUUUUGUUUUGCUUCAAUGUUAAAAAAAGAAGUAGAUUUUCCUACGUUCUCACCGGAGAAAUCGUGUCUAAUUGGAUAAUGGUCGUUUUUAGUCUCGUUUUUAUCUCUAUGGAGGAUUUGAACCGGAGAUUAACUGUGCACAAGUUUGAAGGAAAUCCAAAGUGCAGGGGCUACCCGGUUAUUCGACUGGGCAGCUCUCCUCUGGCUCCGAGUACUCUUUGUUUUCAAUAACUGUUCCGCUUAAUAUUUGUCCUUGUUUGACGGCAAAAAAAAAAAAGAUUAUCUUCUGUUGUUGUUGUUUAACAGCCGGUCUCUUGUGUGUCUGUGUGAACAAUCAAACCUUUUGUGUUUUAUGUUGUGGUUGAGCUUUUUCCAUCGAGAACAUGGUUGACAUUGAGCAAUACAAAAGCAACUCUUGACCUGAUCAACGCAAAUGGUUAUUGGACUACAAAACAGGAAAGAAUGUAAUGUUGCAGGCAAUAACUUCCCGGUUUCCUUUGCCUUUAUGCAGUGGGAUUGACAGGGCAUAGUGAUGGUCUGCUAUCAUUGUUAUCAAACGUGGCCCAGGCAGCGUGUCAGGGCAUGGUGCAAAUGAAGAUGUAUCGGGUGUCGGCAGCACGGCAGAUAGCUAACGUAACA